ACAAGGCCAAUUGAAGAUAUAAAUUUUUAUUUUCUAACUUUGUUUAUUUUGUAAUAUUCUGAAUAAAUUAUAAAUUCAGAAUUUUAUUUAUUUUUAUUUCCGGGGCCGUUCAUCUUCCCCGUCUGUUGUAAUUCGUACGAGAAUUGUAACAAUUCUUUGACAGAGUUCGCAGGUAGCAUGACAGUAGGAUGUCCGACAGGUGCGGAUGUGAAGACACCCGUGUUCGGUCCAAGUGAGGGAAUGACCGGUAUGGCCGAAGCCAUAUUCGGUCUGAGUGGGGUGACCAUUGUGGCCGUAGCCGCGGUUGGUCCAAUAACUGAGGUGACCGGAGCGGACCCCAUAGUCGCGCUCGAUCCAACGAAGGUGGUGAUCGGAGUGGACCCCAUGGACGCACUCGAUCCGAAAGGAAUGUUGAUCGGAGUGGUCUGCCCUACAGAGCCACCCAAUCCAGCCGAAACGUUCACAACCGGAGUCUCGGAACUACUCCCGUUUCCGGCUUGGAUUUCGGCUAAGUGGGAGGCACUAAUGAAUUUUCUUAUGAAUCCGCUUCAAGGGAGAUCUACUCUUCAGUCCGCCGAUAUUCUUGUGUUUCGGACGGGCACAACUCAUCAUUUCCCAGCAGCGCCCAUCCGAACCGGACCUCCAAUGGCUUCAGAGGAGCGGUUCUCUGCAACCGAGCGGCGGCCGAAAGUGGUGGUGGUCGGUGCCGGCGGCAUCGGCUGCGAGCUUCUGAAAACCCUUGCUCUUUCCGGCUUUCAGGACAUCCACAUUAUCGACAUGGACACGAUAGAAGUGAGCAAUUUAAACAGGCAGUUUUUAUUCCGGCGGCAUCACGUUGGGCAAUCUAAGGCAAGAGUUGCGAGGGAUGCCAUCUUGAAAUUUAGGCCUGGAAUACAAGUGACAGCUUACCAUGCAAGUGUUUUAGACACUGACUUCAAUGUGGAUUUCUUUAAGCAAUUCAAUGUUGUUCUCAAUGGCCUUGACAAUCUAGUUGGUCGGCGGCAUGUGAACCGGCUUUGCUUGGCUGCCGGUGUUCCAUUGGUCGACAGUGGGACAACUGGUUUCCUGGGACAGGUAACUGUCCACGUGAAGGGCAAAACAGAAUGUUAUGAAUGCCAACCAAAACCAGCUCCUAAGGUUUACCCCGUGUGCACGAUUACAAACACUCCAUCCAAGUUUGUCCACUGCAUCGUAUGGGCAAAAGAGAUGCUUUUUGCGAAGCUUUUUGGGGACAUCAAUCAAGAAAACGAUCUGAAUGUGCCCUCUAAUGAUGAUUGUAGUUCUUCGGCGAACACGCAUAAUAUUUUUGAAUUUCGGCUCAAUGAAGACAUUGAGCAAUAUGGGAGGAGAAUAUAUGACCAUGUUUUUGGCUACAACAUUGAGGUGGCAUUGUCCAAUGAGGACAUGUGGAAGAACCGUAACAAACCAAGGCCUACAUACAUUAAAGACAUAUUGCCAUUUGAAGAGAUUCAACAGAGUAAAAAUGGAGAUAAAGCUUCAAAAGAUGAUCAACCCUCAUCAGUGUCUGCAAUGGCAUCUCUAGGUCUUAAGAAUCCUCAGGAAGUGUGGAGCUUGAAGGAAAACACAAAAUUAUUUUUGGAGUCUCUAAAGCUCUUUUUUUCAAAAAGGCCAAAGGAUAUUGGGAACUUGAUUUUUGACAAAGAUGAUCAGUUGGCAUUGGAAUUUGAAAUAUUCUGCAGGAUGACCUAUUGUCUCGAGCAUCCUUCCAGAAAGCUUCUCCUUGUGCCAUUUGAGCCAUCUGAACCGAGCAAAUCCUGCUAUGUCUGUUCUGGGGCUCGUAUGACGCUUGAGGUCAAUACUAAGGGAUCAAGAUUAAAGGAUUUUCUUGAUAGGAUUGUAAAAGCAAAGCUUGGCAUGCAUUUUCCACUGAUUAUGCAUGGGGCAGCACUUCUCUAUGAGGAGGGUGAUGAUCUUGAGGAUGACAUGGUAGCGAAUUACAUUGAAAACCUUGACAAGGUACUAUGUGAGCUUCCAUCUCCCAUAACCGGGGGAACCAUUAUCACUGUUGAGGAUUUCUUGCAGGAGCUCACUUGUAUGAUCAAUAUUAAGCAGAGGGAAGAAUUUGACGACGAGGAAGAACCUGAUGGAAUGGUUCUCUAUGGAUGGACUCCAGAAAGUACAAACAAGGAAGUGCAUGGCAAUGCUGCAAGCCCAUCUAAAGUUUCUCAAACCGCUACUCAAGAUAUCGAUAAAGAUGAUAGCUUGGCACAUAUAUGUAACUUGGCACUUCCUUCAUUAGACAUUUUUGAGCUCCCUUCCAGAAGUGAAUGAAAGUCAUCUGACAGUACUUUCCCUGCUGGUUCAGAUUCAUAGUGUACCGCUAAUGAGAAAAAUGCUAAGAGAAAGAUGGUGCUGGACUUCAAAUUUUGACAUAUGAUUCGAUGCAUCCAGCAAUCGAACUUUUGCUUAUGAAGGUAUUAACCGCACUUACGCAACCUUUAAAGUGUUAGGUUUCUAGUUUCCUACUGAGCUAAAGCAUGUUUCGACGCGUAAAAUUAUGAUCAAUUCUGGAGUUUUUCUUGUGUAUUUUUUCCCUUGUCCAUCCAAUAUCAAGUGAUUAAGGGUAAUAAAAUGUGAACAUCUAA